GACUAUAGAGCUCCACACCGUGGACAAUGAAUUGCAACGCAAAAACAUGAAAGUGAUCAUAACUCCUUGUGCAGUUAUCCUGCAACUGUUCGACUUUUCCACGAGUUACAGCUGAGCUUUAAUUGCAGCAGAUUUUCUUAAAAAUGCCUUUCUGCAAAAGGUCUGUUCUCCCAAAACAGGUUUGCAGGGCAGACACGAAUCGGCAAGGUGCGGAUUUCAAAGACUUGGCGGAUGUUUGCAGUUUUACUCUGAUCUCCGUGUUGAGACAACUCUCGGAUUUAUCCAGGCACUCGCUGAAUAUCAUUGAGGAACUGGAGGGGGAAAUCACCUCGAUAUCUCUACGAUCGGGGGCUUUAGAAAAGAAAGUCAUUAGUUUGCAAAGACAUGUCUCGGCGUUGGUUGUCAAACCACCGGCAAAGACUGCCACUAGCUUGGACUCGGAGAACAAGAGAACGGCCCACUUCAAAUCGUCAUGGCAACAGCAUGUAAAUGUGUUCAGCUCCUCGAGUAGGCCAGCGUGUGUGGAAGAGCUGCAUCAGGAAGCCCAACUCAAUCUCCAGAGCUUGCUGCAAGAUGAUUAUGAAGAGCAGCAUUCGGACUGUAGAGUAGCAGGGCAGACUUUCCGCUGCAGCUCCUCUCUCCACUCAGGGGCCACUCCAGACCUUGUACACAGGCAGACCGCCAGCAAGAGGACCGACUUCGUCUUUCUGCCAGCGACGAAACAGGUGUGUGAGGAUGAGACGACCACUGUAGGUAUCCGACUACAAGACCCACCUCUGAACUUACCUAACAGUCCGGAAAAAAGUACCAGCUGGAAUAAAGCAUUCCUGCUGCCAACGCCAGAGAAAACGAGGUGGCACCUGGGGCGAUCGGUUCAGGCUCAUGUUAUCCCUAUCAAUGUUUCUGGACAGACCCUUGAUAAACAUGCCAGUUUGCACCACUCCCUUUUUAACGCUGAGACAGCAGUGAACCCAAAGUCGACCCUCAGAAGGAGAAGAACCAUAAUUGGCAUUCCUGAGCUCUCUCUGGAGGACCAAGGUGAUGGUCAUUUCGAUGAUGAACAAUCUGCCAGUAUCAACCUUACUCAUGGGUCCUACUCUCCAGAAGGUACAAGUGGCAGACAUUCUGCAGCUGCUGUAGAUUCAGCUAAUCACUUUUCAGUAUUAAGAAAGACUUAUAGUGAUCUGGACCAAAUCUUGUGUCAGUCUCCUGGUAAUUCAAGCAGGAAGGAUCACACUGCCAUGAUGUGUGCCAGUCCUUCAUGGAAUGGACCAAAGGAUUCUACAUUCUCUCCCUCCUGGAAUAACUCAUUUAGUUACAUGUUGCCAGCAAGUCCGGUAGCAAGGCAGCCUUGCCAGUCUGAGAACUUUCUCAAAUGCACUUCCCAAGGCAACUCAGAACUUUCAAUGAGUUCAGGAUCAUAUUCAAAUUCCUUCACAUCUGUUUCUGUGGAACCAACAGUGAGAACUCACAAUAUAAGCAGAAAAAAUGAAAUAGAAGCAACAACUGUAAGCCCAGGUCAUGGGACGCAGACUCAGGCAGAUGGGUUCAAGUUUCGGGAAAGAUCUUUAUCAACCCCUACAGAUUCAGGCUCUUUUUGUUCAGCAGAAAACAUCUGCUUUGACCACAGGAAGGAGAGUGACAAUUACGCCAUGCACUAUCCCAGCGCGAGCUCAGAGGACAGUGCAAGCGCCGACAAUGUAUCCAUUACAGCCAGCCAAAAUGGUCGCCCAAGGCAAAGGUCAAGGAGUAUUUCACUCAAAAAGCCAAAGAAAAAGCCUGCCCCACCUGUGCGGAACAUCUCCUUGAAGAAAGGUGAAGGGGUGCAGAAAGCAGAGGUCAUUGCCUUGACCAGAAGUGAGAGGCCAAAGAGCCUUUUCAUUCCCAGAAACCAGAAUAUCAUACAGAACGCAUUCCUGUCAGGACCUGGUAACAUCAAUUCCAAGGUACAUGGAGAUGAAAGAGGACUGCAGAUCUUGAUAACAGAAACACCGUCCAUAGGAAGAGAGGGUGAUACGCAUUACCCUAACCACUGGUACCUGAAUGACUGGAAGUCUAAUGAUCCAUAUAGGUCACUGUCCAACUCCAGCACUGCCACAGGUACAACUGUAAUUGAGUGCAUGAAAGUACGUGGCAGCUCUGAUUCCCUCACUUCUCUGACCACCUCUCGAGCUACCUCCCCUUCCCAGCUAUCUGUGGAAGCUGAAUCCAAAAUCUCUCCUUUGAAACCUCCAGGUUUCAUGUCCCCCUCAAGUGGAUAUUCUAGCCAAUCUGAAACUCCAACCCCAACCAUUCCGACAUCGUUGAUCACCGGCCCUUCCCCACAAGGCUGUAGGAUGAGGCCCAAGGUCCCCAUAAGGAAAUCCUCACUUCCAGCUGUUUCUCCAAGAGAGAAGAGCCCUCGUUCAAGGCUGUCCUUUGAGCUGCCAAUUGCACCACCCUCUCACUUGGAUCUCUCAGGGAUUACAGUGUCCAACAAAGGCAAACCCAAAGCUAGCAGACGCCAUUCAGAUUCCUCCACAAAUGGUAAACCUGUACAGAAGCUUAGUCCCAACCAAGCAGCCAUGCCCAUAGUGACCCAGUCAGAUCUGAGGUCUAUUCGUCUACGUUCAGUCAGCAAGUCUGAACCAGAAGAUAAUGCGGAUGGUUCUUCUGAUAUCAUAGAAGAGAAACAAAGCAGCAAGACAUUUGUAACACCACAGAAGAAAGUCAAGCCACCUGUCGCAGAGAAGCCACCUCUGCCCAAAAGGCCUGGGAAUCUGAUGCUAAAAUUCGCCUCAGCCUUCCAUCUUGCUUUGGAAUCACCACCACUGUCUCCAAAAGAGAAGGGGUCACCUGCAGACAACACUUACACAGUAGUAGAAAAGCCCCAAGCAAUGGAAAGUCCAAGCAGUGUUCACGUGUCUCCUCCACAGCGGAUAACCGAUCUUGAUAGAGUUAUGGACUCUGUAAAACGUCUGUCUCAGGGCAGUCAAGAGGGGGAUGACAAGAGUAAAACCCUGCCUAACAGAAUAACUGUCCAAAGUCUGGCUGAUACGGAGAAGAAGAGAAGCAAGAUACCUCCUCCAGUUCCCAAGAAGCCCAAUAUAUUACUCUUGCCAACCAAUUCAGUUAACGUCAAUGGGGCAACAGACAGGCCUGUUAUCACUUUGAAUACCAGUCACUCAAGCAGCAUGGGAUCACCAAUGGCUGAAGUUGUUCCUAGACAUGCAGAAAACCAGGUCAAAGUCAUUGCACUUAGCAUCACAGAAAGCAACCAAGAUCCGGAUGUUGAAACUUCCCUUGUUGGUACUCCUACAGGCAGGAGUAUUGAAGACAUCAGCCCUGAUAAAACUCCAUUAAGCAUUACUGAGGAAGAUGAUGAUGUGUUUGUUCAAACAACAACGCCCCAUACUACUGAAGACCUUUUCACUCUCAUUCACAGGUCAAAAAGGAAAGUUCUAGGAAGGGUAGAACCUGGGGACACUUUUGGCAGCAGACAAAGCUUGGUUUCUCCAAUCAAGAGCAACUCCCCAGCCACCUCCACUCCUGAGCAAAAGGCAGCAUCUCCGGUCAGCAGCAGCAUGCCGAGGUCAAGAUCCAGGAAUGAUAACUUCAUUGCCCUGCUUCAGAAGAAAGGCAGCAGACCCAGCCCAGGAACAAGAGUGUCUGCCAUGGAGCUUCUCAAGAGUACCAACCCACUGGCUCGCAGGGUCACUGAGUUUUCACAGGCAGAGUUUGAACCAACAAAAAACUCCAAGUAAUUUGAACCACUGCCCUGGACUAUACCCAUAGUAUUAAAAAAAGCACUUUCAUCCAACAUUGACCAGUAGCAUUUCUUUAACAACAGUGGGUGCACUCCUGAGUUUGAAAACCUCAGGGCAAUUAAGAAAAAAAUAACCUUCUGGUCAGUACUGUACAUAUCUUCAAAUAAUGUUGAGUAUAAAAAAGCUUUUUUAUAUAAGGUUUUGUGAUGAAGGCUUGCUGAGAUAUAUGACGUAACGUGCCAGUUUGUAUUCAAAGAGAUACAAAUUGCAAUGUAAAACAGCUACCCUGGACAAGAGCUCCACACUGCCUAUACUCUAUACUUUCUAUAAUGCAACAAUCAAAGAGAUGGUUUGCAUCUACUUAUCACUUAUACAGCAAUGAAAGCAGGAACAGUGAAAGUAAUACAAAGUAAGAACAUAGAUUUUGAAGCAAUGGUUGUCACUGCUUUAAUAUUGAUACACCAAUGGGUUCCUUAGCCAUUCAGCCGUUCUCAAUUAAACUUGUGACUGGCUGCUGUGUUAGAACAGAAUACAAUGUAGGUCUUCAAAGGAUAGUAGUCUUUCAACACAAAUCAGUACAAAUGAAUGGAGACUGUCCUAUUUUUCCCCGCCAAGUUUAAUCCACAUUCCGUGGAAGGUUCAUAAAAAGACUUAAGAAGUUCUACACCUCAUUGUUGGUGUUUUUUUAUGCUUUAACAUAUACAACACUGCACCAAUGGAUUGUGCUCUAGAAGGCAUUACCAAGUAGUCAAAAGAUGCUCUUUAUUCAAUCAUAAAUCUGUCUAACGCACUUCAGUUCUUAAAAUUGUAUCAGAUUGAUAAACUUUGCUGGGUUUCUUCACUAAAAAGAAAUAUCUGAUCAAUAUAUCUAAAAGGCACCUUUUUAAAGAAAAAUCCCAGAAAGACUUUUCUAAUUCCAUAUUAAAAAUGUCCCUACCUUAGAAGGUAUUUUAGCUUGGAUUUUAUCAACUGUUCAGGUAUGCAGUGAUCAAAAUGUGAAGCUUGUUGUUUUAAAUAGUUAGUGAAUGACUAAAUGUGCUUCUUUGCCUUGUACUUUAAAGUGGUGCCUCUGUUGUUUCAAUGCCUUGUAUACAGAGAGCAAUGUUUAUCAGUUUACUACCACUUGUGAGGACUAUGUGAAUACAUGUUAUUGCAACCAUUGGCCAUCAGGGGGCAUUCCUUCACCCAUUGUUGCCACUGUAGGGAACUCUAGGAAGGUCAUGUCAUACAUAAUAUACCUGGUUCAGAGGCCAAACAAGCAGACAGACCAGAGUCUUUUUUUAUAUUUCUUCACUCAGUCAGCUACAUGCUCCACUACCAAACAGACCACAAGCAAAACCAGUAUAAAGGAUUGUGGUCUGUUAGGUAGUGGAUAUCAAAGGAUUUUUUAAAACAAGUGGUUGAAGUGGAACAGUUGCUGUGCCCUACAGUGAUACCAAAAUCUACCUUGGAACACAUAAAAUCUGCAAGGUUGUCUCAGCAUAUAACAAAAACACUGUGUGCCAUCUGAUAAUAUCAUGGAUAAGUAGCAGGCAAGCACCUACAGCAAACCACUGUGUCAGUAUAUCCAGCACUGGAAUUAGCAGACAUCUUUAGAAGCAUCUCACACCUUGUGAAAAUGCAAACCUUUCUGCAAGUCCAUAUUUUAUUUCCAAUUAAAAAAAAACUACAGUACAAAUAAUUAACUAUUACAAUCGGUUCUGCAUUUUGUAGAACUCUGACAGCUUCACAGGAUUGUAAAAUAAAAGAACUGAUGUAAGAACAAAAACAACAAUUUUAUAUUUGUAUUUUUGAAUAUAUUUAAAAAGACUUUUAUAUUUGUGUCCCUCAUAAUUUUAUUUUAAAAUACAUUUUUAAAUUAAGAAAUGUCUAUAUUCACAAAGCAUUGUUAAACUGGUGAAUGCAAGGACUGAAAUGCACUUCCCAGUACACUAAAGCUCCAGGAAAAUCAUAUAUAUAUAUAUAUAUAUAUAUAUAUAUAUAUAUAUAUAUAUAUAUAUAUAUAUAUAUAUAUAUAUAGUAUUCAUUCAGUGCAACAGCUGUCUUCCAGGCAGACUGGUUAGCUUGAUAAUUUGUUUUCAUACUCAGCUGUAGAGUUUCAAAGUGGAUAGCUAGCUACAAAAGCAUUACAGAAAGCAGGCCUAAAAACUCAUUAUAAAUGUAAUUGCUCUUUGUAUGCAGUGCUUUUUAAUGUUCAGGCAGACUUGCAUUGAAACAUAUUUAAACACUGUAAACAACCAGCCUUAAGCAUGUAAAUCCUUUAUUUUUGCUCUGUGUUGCAUAUGUUUUUUUAAAUGGUACACCACCACACACAUUGUGUUAUUAUUACCAACCUUGGUUUUAAAUCAAGGGAUGAAUGACUAUUCAGAAACAACACAAUAAAUUUGAGGCUUCCUCAAAAAAUCUC